UCUCAACAGCGGUAUGAGGUUACAGUUUAUGAUGUUCACUUGUUUGCUUUCGGUUAAUAAGUGCGCACACACAUUUCUUUUUCUCCUUUCUGUCCACGCACACAGACAGCGUCCCAUUUUACAAUAGUGUAGUGUGUUCAUUCCUGCCUCUCUCUCACACACACACGCCCAUGUAACACCCUCCUCCUCCUCUUCCUCCUCCUCCCUCGGUUCAUUUUCCCUUCUGUCUGUGUCUCUCGAACCCUCACUGUUCUCUUGAGCUCCAUCUGUUUCUCUCUUCCCUUCAUCCCACAUGCACUUCUCUCACUCUCCUCCUCCUUAUGCUGUCUCUCUCUCUCUUUCUGUCUGUCUGUCUCCUUAAUUCUCUCUCUCUCGUCGCUUAUGAACACAAGAAUACUCUUGACAUGCUGGAGAUGAGUUUAAGUGGGCAUCUGGAGAGCCUCCUGUUUCCGCCUCCUCGUGUUGCUUUACUACCAUGAGCAGUUCCACUCCAUCCACAGCUAAUGGCACUGAUGAUAAAACGUAUAAAGGAGAACGAUCUCCUUGUGACCCCUCCCGUGUCCUCCACAUCCGCAGAGUUCCCAUCGAAGUGUCCGAGGCAGAGGUCAUCUCACUAGGAGUCCCUUUCGGCAAAGUCACCAACCUGUUGAUGCUUAAAGGGAAAAACCAAGCUUUUAUAGAAAUGGCUUCUGAAGAAGCAGCAAUCACCAUGGUCAACUACUACACCACAGCCACACCCCAUGUCCGCAACCAGCCCGUCUACAUCCAGUAUUCCAACCACCGUGAGCUCAAGACUGAUAAUCUGCCCAAUCAGGGGAGGGUUCAGGCUGCUCUGCAAGCUGUCAAUGCAAUGCAUUCUGGGAAUAUGACUCUCUCUGGGACUGCGACAGCCAGUGAUGGUGGAAUGAUGCCCGGACAGAGUCCUGUGCUUCGUUUAAUCGUAGAGAAUCUCUACUACCCAGUGUCUCUAGAAGUGCUACACCAGAUCUUCUCAAAAUUUGGAACGGUCCUGAAGAUCAUUACCUUCACCAAGAACAACCAGUUCCAGGCCUUGCUUCAGUAUGCAGAUCCAAUGAAUGCACAUCACGCCAAAAUGGCUUUGGAUGGGCAGAACAUCUACAACGGCUGCUGCACUCUGCGUGUUGAAUUCUCCAAGCUGACCAGUCUGAAUGUGAAAUACAACAACGACAAGAGCAGGGACUUCACACGUCUAGACCUACCCUCAGGGGACGGGCAGCCCACGCUGGACCCCAGCAUGCAGACCGCUUUUGGGGCUCCUGGGAUAAUUUCCUCUCCAUACCCCGGGGCGGCUGGUUUCGCCCCUGCUAUCGGUUUCCAUCAGGCAGGUCUGUCUAUGCAGACGAUGCCUGGUGCUCUGGGACCUCUCACCAUCCCUUCAUCAGCAAUGACAGGACGGAUGACCAUCCACGGCAUGGCCCCCACCACCAUCCACUCUGUGCUCCUCGUCUCCAACCUCAACCCCGAAAGCAUAACACCACACGGGCUCUUCAUUUUAUUCGGAGUGUAUGGAGAUGUUCACCGAGUCAAGAUUCUGUUCAACAAGAAAGAGAAUGCCUUAAUACAGAUGGCAGACGCCACGCAAGCCCAGCUCGCGAUGAGCCAUUUGAACGGUCAGCGUCUGCACGGUAAGGUGAUCCGUGUGACCAUCUCAAAGCACCAGACGGUGCAGCUCCCCAGGGAGGGUCAGGAGGACCAGGGCCUGACCAAAGACUUCAGUGGGAGCCCGCUGCACCGCUUCAAAAAGCCCGGCUCCAAGAACUUCCAGAACAUCUUCCCUCCCUCCGCCACCCUGCACCUCUCAAAUAUCCCUCCCUCCACUACGGAUGAUUUUCUGAAAGACCUGUUUGCCAGUUCUGGAUACACAGUCAAGGCCUUCAAGUUUUUCCAGAAGGACCGCAAGAUGGCACUGAUCCAGCUGGGUUCGGUGGAAGAAGCCAUCCAGGCUCUUAUCGACCUCCACAACCACGACCUGGGAGAAAACCACCAUCUGCGAGUGUCCUUCUCCAAAUCCACCAUCUAGCACCCCCUUCACUACAAACACACCCUUUCCCCAUCCUCCCCAUACCAGCCCUUCUACCUUCAGCAGUCUGACUGUUUCGUUCAGAGAAUAAGACUGACUGACAAACUCUAAAAAAACAUUACAGAUAUUCAUGAGGUAGUUUUAGAGAUUUCCAAACAAAAAAAAACAAAAAAAGAAAGAAAAAAAGCAAAUAAGAGACUACUGCAGAACCUUUAGACAGUCUGAGAGUGAGUUUGUUUUACUCUCACGAAACCAGGGCUGGAGACACAUGGGAUAUCCAUGACAAUGUGACGUUUCUGGGAACCUCCGUGUGGAGGAAGUAGGACUCCCUCUUUAGUCGAUUGGCGAGGACUUCGUUGAUGUGAAACGCAAACUAACACGUGAACAUUCUCAAAAAAGUCAAUGCUGAGAAAGUUUCUUCACCGCACACUUGCCGAUUACAUUGGAGACUGACGCUCCUGUAGCCCAAUGGCCUUGUUACACCAGACCUAAGUGAGGGCGGAGUCUCCUCUGUGCCGCCCCCAAAAAACGACACCUUCAUUCUCAUUGGCUGUUUCAACGGAGCGUCCCAUUUCCCGUGGGAUGUGUUGAACGCACAGUCACCGUUUGAAUGUCGCUGACGUCAUCAUCAAGGUGCUGCUGGAAAAAAAAAGAAUCUGUAGCGACGGCCUCGACCAAUGGGCUUGUCCUUUUUCUUCAGAGUAGCAUUAAAACAAGAGUGCUAUGGAUUCAAGAAUGAGUGCAUUCAAAAUUCGCAGCUGUUUCGGCUUACAAACCUUUUGUUUCUCGGCACUUUGAUUGAUUUGAAUUGAAGACAGGCACCGUGGGGAAUGUUUGGCAUCCUCAUAUCUGUUUACUGUGCAAAGAUGUAUAGCCAGAUGGUAGGCAUCUGUGAAUAGAUAGUGAAUGGCGUGAUUUGUUUUUUUCUUGUAUUAUGAAAAUUUUAUAAUACAUAUUAUAGAGCCUUUCGUGGGCUCUCUGCACCUGCAAUGCUGUCAGAGAACAUCUGCAAUGUCAUUGUCCAGUCGAUUGGGUUCCUCUGAACCGGGGCGAACAUUUUCAAACAUGCACGAUCAUUCCAGAAAACUCGCGGCCAGCUGUCAACCUUACUGGAACGCACCAAUCAGCAAUGCCCAGCCUGAUAGUAGGCUCCGCCUCCUAAGUGAAAUUCUCAAUGUGAAUGGUAUAGCCCGUGAUCUCGAUGGGAAAUUGAUGAUUUCCUCCAUUCUGUUCCCCUUCUUGCUCUUAGUUGAGUCUUUUCCUUUCGUUCUUCUUGUUUUCCAUCUUUCCACACAGGGGCAGAAGGUUCUGUGCUCUUUACUUUGUUCUUUCACUCCUCGGCUCUGGCCACAGGUGUGAGAGUUUGCAGCCAUGGGCUCUGUAGAAACUGUAGUGAAGCCCAUUGAGUCACAGCAAAAAAAGAGGGCGGCACUCUCUUUUGCCUUGCAGUCCCACACUAAAUGCCUCUGCAUCUGACCAAACCAAAUAUUUAAGGAAAGAGCGACUCUGAAUGAUAUGGAGACGCCACCUAGUUUCCAAAACCUAGCGAGCUGCUGCACGCCUCCAAUAGAGUCCAGACCAGAGGUUUUCUUCGAGAGGUGGAGAUGGUAAACUCUGAGUCUGUAUCAUUGGGGAAAAAAACGGUCAACUUAGAUGAAUCUUGUAAGCCAAUCACACAAAGACCUUGACAUCAUGGAAAUACUUGCAACAGUCAAUAAUCAUUGACGGAGACCAUCAAAAUCCUGUGGAUUUUUUGGCAGCAAGAUCCAAAUAUAGCUCACACCAAAACUAGCAUUUCCUCCAUAGAUUCCAUUCAAAAAUUGAUACAUUACGAGUUUCGAGCAGCAUUUGAAGCCUGGCAUUGGAGGACUCUAUUGAUUUUAGUUCAGUUAGAUGUUAGCAUGUUGCAAAGCUGAUAAUGCAGUACAAAAUAAAAAGAGCCCAUUUCUGUCUACGUUAGAUGCGGCACUAUUUCUGAUGUAAUCUGUGCUUUUGUGCUACUUCCGACAACAGGACAAAUGGACAAAUUUGGAACUUUGGCUUUAUUAACUAUAGACAGUCUAGAGAUGUUGCAGUGCACUGCGACAAAUAUCACACACUAUGUAAAUGUAAAAAUACAUAGAAAAUGCUCAAUAUUUACGUGUGCUUUAUGUUUAUACACAGGUUAUUGCAACAUUAGCUUAGCUACAUGCUAACUCCUGAAUCAGUUGAUUCAAUUUUAGGGUAUUUGGCCUCAUACGAAACAUCGCCACUGCAGUCAAAAUAAACCAUUUUUAAUCAAACAAAUGUAUAUUUUUCUGUAUUCAGGAAAUUAUACGUUUAUUCAUAAUCGACAUUUGCCUUGAUUCGCCCACCAUCUUGAAUGAGCUUCCCAGUGCAUUCUGGGAUUGCCUUAUCCACAAAGGAUACAUGCAAUGCUGCCUUAGAUUUUGGCCAAAAUUAGAUAUCUUAGAAGGCUGGAACAGCCUUUGUGCCGGGAGCAUGCCUGUGAUGCCUUAAAAUGCUGUCUAAGUAGACAGCUCACUAGGUUUUGGAACAUGGCAAUGGUGUGCACAUGCAGAAGCUGAUUCUAUAUGUAUGCGUUUAGUUAGUACUAGUGUAUUAUUACCGGUUUUAUCAGGACUCUCUCAUAUAUGAUGAUAUAUGAUGACUCCCUUGUGCGUGCGAGCAAGGCGCUGUCUCAUUUAGUGAAAAUCUGGCCUUAACAUUCCAAGGAAGGUCACCGUAGACCUGUUGAGUAGCAUCUAAAGGGAGCAGCUUCUGUGCCUGUGUGCUAUAUCCUCUAUUAAUAUCCGUUUGAGUCACAGUUAUGAAAUAAAUCAAGAAUCUUCAUGUUCAUGCAAGGCAAGGGAUAGUGACUUUUUUUUGUCUUUGACUGAUUUCACCUGAAGCGAUUCGAAACUUCGCUUUCACUUCUCAAAAGAAAUUGAAUUUUGUUGAAGUUUACAGUCUUAAAGCAAAA